AUGAGAAACAGAGAAGGUGCGAUCACAAAAAAUACGUUUUAUGAUCGCACCCUCCCUGUGUCCCUCUCUGGAAGUGCUGAAGAGAAAGCGGCUAGCGACAACGACGCUAAUGACGCGGGAACGUACCAGGAUAACAGAGCAAAGGACGAGUCUUCAAGGCUAAAAGCUCCACAAAAGCUCCUUCAUCAGGGUGGUACUCAAGGGAUACAGUCUAUUAAGAUGACGUCAACAGAUAAUAGGGAUGAAGGACAUGUGAAGAGAUUUUUUCCAGAGUUUCAUUGUGGUUUCUCACUUUUACUCGGAGGUAAACGAAUGAGUGUCGUCAUCCUGCGAAAGGAUCAGCUCAAGGACAUCAGACUGCAGUGCGUUGCACCCUUGCGGUGGCCAUUCACACCAGUACGCUCACUGCGCGCAAUUGCAUUUUGCAUCGCGUAA